AUUGAAUGGUAUUCAAAAUCAUCAGAAGGAGGAAAUAUCAAAGCUAUGUGUGGAUUAGGAUGUUGUUAUGAGUAUGGAUAUGGGGUUAUAAAAGAUAAGAAGAAAGCAUUUAAAUUAUAUUUAAAGUCUGCUGAAGGAGGAUAUAGACGUGCAUUAUAUGAGUUAGGGAAUCGUUAUCAUUAUGGAAAUUGUACUUCUAAAGAUGAAGAUAAAGCUUUUGAAUGUUAUUUAAAAGCUGCAGAAAAAGGUCAUAAUUCUAGUCAAUAUUUAGUAGCAAACUAUUAUUAUGAUGGAAAAGAUAUUCCAAAAAAUGAAGAAAAAGGAUUCUAUUGGACCAGAAAAGCUGCAAUUAAUGGCAAUGCAGAUGCUCAAUUUAAAAUGGCAGAAUAUUAUAUCAACAAUUCUAUUAGUAAGAAUGAAAGCAAAGCAUUCAAGUGGUAUAUGAAAUUAGCUAAAGAAAAUAAGUUAAAAGCAAUUUAUUUAGUUGCAAAAUGUUAUAGAGAUGGCAUUGGUACUGAUAAAAAUUUAAAAGAGGCUACAACGUGGAUUAAAAAAUAUGAAUUAUCAAAGCCUUAUUUUAAACCGUAUAUCACCUUAUAUAAGUUUUUGGAUGGCGCAGAUAUUGAUGUAUCUUCAAUAGCGUCACAUACAAGAAUGUGAAAUAGGGAUUUUUCUUUUGAAUUUGAGUAUAGUAUCAGGAAUUUUCUUUUUAAUUGUGUAAAGAUCGUAAAAGUAGGCAUUUAUUUAA